UGAAGAUUGAUUAAUYGAUGGAUAUGUUUAAUUUAUUUUAUCAUUACAGGGCUAAAUAGAAGACAUCAAAUCAUUGAUCUGUUUGUAGUGUACGUACGAUGGCAGCCAGGCUUCUCAUUUUCUUCAUGCUUGCCAUUACCAUUCCUUUGUCGACCGGUGUGCUCGACCGCUAUUUACCAGCUCUAGAUAGAAACAUKGCCAAUAUAUGUCGUGACGACCUUAUAGAACGAUAUUUUAAUUUCGGGUUUCAACAAACUGAAAUUUUGCUGUUUCUUGUUAUGAACCACGGGAUUGUUCUAAGCAUUCGRCAGUUAAAAAGAAUACUUGCUCGAAGAAGUUUAAGGAGGAGACUAUACACAUCUGAUUUAGGAACAGUUCUGAGUGUCAUAGAAGAAGAACUGAAAGGCAGUGGAAGUGUCAUAGGAUACAGAAGAAUGUGGCAAAAACUCAUUACAGAACGUCAUCUCGUCGUGAGUAAGGAAACUGUUCGCCAUGCUCUCAGGCUUUUAGAUCCAACUGCAGUUAAUGAUCGACUAAGACACAGACUGCAGAGACGUCAAUACCGAGGAAGAGGACCAAAUUUUAUUUGGCAUAUCGAUGGAUAUGAUAAACUCAAGCCAUUUGGAUUUUGCAUUCAUGGAUGCAUUGAUGGCUUUAGUAGACGUAUUAUGUGGCUUGMGGUAGGUACGUCCAACAAUGAUCCCUCAGUAGUUUCAAAAUAUUUCAUUGAUUGUAUUCGUGAGACUGGUGGUACUCCUCGUAUAUUAAGAUCUGAUUGCGGUACCGAAAAUGGAUAUGUAGCUGGCAUUCAACAAUUCCUUAGACUAAAUUCAAAUGACUCUUUUGCUGGUGAAAGAAGUUUCAUAGUUCUAAAACUUUCCAAAAACGUUUAUUUCUGA